AUGUCUACCAAUUACACAUCAAGAUCAGCAUCAAUUUCAACUGCGGUUGACGAUGCCACUAAGAAUUUAUCUAAAUUCUCGAAACCAGGUUUAAGAUCAGCUUCAUUUGGUUCCAAUUUCUUUGCUAAAGAUGCUCCUAGUUUCUUAUCUCCAACCACAGAAGAAACUACCGCACCAACCACCGCUGUUACCACUGCCAUUGUUGAUCUUUCUUCAAAUUCACUUGAUGAUAACUCCGUCAUCAUCACUAAGGAAAAUGACGUUACUGUUGUUGAUGAUGAAGAUGCUAAACCAUCUGAAUUGGAUAUUGUUGGUGCUUUAGUUAAUCUUGAUUUAGACGAUGAUUAUACUGAAUCAUCACAAGAUCAAAUCAAACAAUCGCAACCACCAAACGAUCAACCAAAAUCAACCAUUCCUUUCCUGAAUCAACCUUUAUACGGUGGUGAUAAUUAUCCAUUUUAUAAUCAUCCAUACCAUCCUCAUCAAGGUUCAUUAACUCCAAAUCCUUCUUUACUUGGUAACGGUGCAGGUCCAUUUGGAAACAAUACUCCUUCGUCAACCUGGAAUAACAAUUUCAUUCCUUCUUCUGCUCCUCCAUUUGGUUACAAUAACAACAGUAACAAUAAUGUUAAUGAAAUUCAAAAUGAUUUACCAAUGUUUAUUAAACCAUUUGAGCUUCCAUCUGAAGAAGGUAAAGAAAAUAAAGCUGAUCAUCCUCCAUUUAACAACUUACAUUUACCAUUCUCAACCCCACCACCUCCACCACCACCUCAUUCUAAUCAAUUAUUUGGUGGUAUCUUAGAUUCAAACCCUCCAUUUAUGAUUCCUCCUCCAUCAGCUUCAGGUAACAGCAAUAGUACUCAAAGUAACACCCCAGAUAUUGAAAAUAUUACUGCUAAUGAAGGUGCUGAAAGUUCUACAACUACUACAGGAGAAAUCCCAGCUAUUCCAUUCCAUAAUCCUAUUCCAACUCCUCCAAACAAUGGUAAUCAACAACAAUUCCAUUUGACUGAUAAUUUCUCCAUGCCACCUCCAUCAUUAGGUGGAUUAAUGCCACCACCUCCUCAUCCUCAUGGUCAUCCACCACCUCCUCAUCAACUUCCACCAGCUGGCAUGUGGAAUCACCAACCUCCUCUUCAAAUGCAUCCAAAUAUGAGAAAUGCAUUCAUGGAUAAUAGAAUGAUUCCUCCUCCAAGUCAAUCUCCAGGUCCUCAUCAUCCAUCAAUGUUACCACCUCCACCACCAUCUUCUAUGCCUUAUAUGAACCAAUUCAAUGGUAAUAUGAGAAAUAACAAUGGUAACCACCAUCACCAUCGUCAUAACAGAAAUGGAGGUAAUUAUGGUUAUAUGAGUGAAUCUAACAUUCAUCGUAAAGUUCACAAUAACAAUAACGGUAAUAAUCAUAACAAUAAUAGAAGAAAAGGUGAAGAUGCUUCUAAAUAUGUUAAUGCUAAGUUAGAAGAUUUUGUGGGACAAAUUUUCAAUUUAUGUAAAGAUCAACAUGGAUGUAGAUUCUUACAACGUCAAUUGGAUUUAGGAAAAGAUUUAGCGGAAGGAAAGUUGAAUAAGGAUGCUAAGGAAAACACUGAAUCAUCAGAAGAUGAAGAUGCUUCUAAUAGUGUCAUUUUAACUAAUGAUAUUGCUGCUACUAUGAUUUUUAACGAAAUUUACUUAAAGAUUGUCGAAUUAAUGACUGAUCCUUUUGGAAAUUACUUGGUUCAAAAAUUAUUUGAAAAUGUAUCAAAUGAUCAAAGAAUUAUUUUAGUUAAGAAUUCAUCAGUGGAAUUUGUUAGAAUUGCUUUAGAUCCUCAUGGUACUAGAGCUUUACAAAAAUUAGUUGAUUGUAUUUCUACUGAAGAAGAAAGUAAAAUCAUUAUUGAAUCAUUAGGUAGUCAUAUUGUUUCAUUAUCUCGUGAUUUGAAUGGUAAUCAUGUGGUUCAAAAAUGUUUACAAAAAUUGAAGCCCGCUGAUAAUCAAUUCAUCUUUGAUGCAGCUUGUCUUAACUGUAAUGAGAUUGCCACUCAUAGACACGGUUGUUGUGUUUUACAAAGAUGUUUAGAUAAUGGUGAUUUAAGUCAACGUAAACAAUUAUCGUUAAAAGUAGCUGAAAAUGCUACUAAUUUAUCCUUAGAUCCAUUUGGUAAUUAUGUGGUUCAAUAUGUAUUAUCAAGAGGUGACAAUGAUUCAAUUCAAAUGAUUAUGAAUCAUAUUAAAUCCAAUAUUAUUUCUUUAUCGUUACAUAAAUUUGGAUCCAAUGUCAUUGAAAAAUCAUUAAGAAUUCAUAAGUUAACCGAUAAUAUCAUUGAUGAAUUAUUACAAAACACUGAAAGAUUCAAUGAUUUAUUAAAUGAUGCUUUUGGAAAUUAUGUUUUACAAACUAGUUUAGACGUUGCUGCUCCUCAACAAUUGACUAAAUUAUCCCAAGCAUUACAACCAUUAUUGUUAAGUAUUAAAAAUACUCCUCAUGGUAGAAGAAUCUUAUCUAGACUUCAAAAUGUUGUUUAA